AUGUUCACGGUGUUGUUGACACCAGCGGAGGCCGAUGAUGAAAAGGAGGGGGAUAUUUCUAAUGGGAGCACUACUAUUGGUGUCACCCCGACGCCCUUGAAAGAAUCUUUAUUGACGACUCCGAGUAAGGUUUGCGAUCCAUUCGUACCCGAGAAAUUCAUCGAUGCGCUAUCGGAGUUGGCCGAGCUCGCCGUGAAGAUGGUUCGGAAGGCCGCUUCGUUAGGUAAAGUGGUUAUAGUCACUAACGCUCAGGUGCGUUUGAGCAUAAAGGCGUUAAAAGUCCGGCGGGAUGGAAAGCUCAUGCAUUCAGAGAUAUCAUUGAUGGUCAACGAUGCCCUCGUGACGAAGGAGCUCACUGAGUCCACGUCCAUGGACUCAAUCAAUGAAGUUUACAUAGGUCCAGCCCGGUUCGAUUCUCGGGUCUUGGCGCAAUGUGAUUUCGAUUGGGGAUUCCCCACACGAAAGGGAAGCAUUGAUGAGAGUAACUUUGGGAAAUAUUCCGACUCAGAGGACGGCGAACAGCUGAUAGAUUCACAACGAGCACUGAUGUCAACUAGGAUGACGGUAAUUGUGAUGGAUGAUGAUGAGGGUUGCAUCGCUCCGCUGUCGUCGGAGAUAUUCCGUUUGCCCGCAUUGGUGGUCCGCAGAAUAAAAGAUACGCCUCGUUCGAGUCGAUGUUGUACUACUACUAGGCGGCUCGAGAUACUAGUUGGCUCGGUGAAUGGUCGUAAGGAAUCUUCUAAUUCCAAUUCAUAG